GCGGCUCUUUAGGCGCUUUAGAAUCUGCUACUAGUCUGUUUCUAGCAGCUGUAGCCGGUGAGGGAGGUGUUGUUUGGUGGUCGGCGCAGAGCCCGCACGCCCUGCCUGGCUGUUGUUGUGUCGUCUGGCGCGGGGGGUGGGGGUCCAGUCAUACAAGAGUUGUCCCGAACCCCAACUACUGGCUGGCUAGCUGGCUAGCCUUUACGGCUUCGUUCAGCAGAGACCCUCACCACACUGCACACUUUUAAAUAUACCAUGAUCGAUAGCUGCACAUCCAGUGUGUUCCAGAUAAGCGUCCCGUUUGACUUAUAAAGCUCACCUGUUCAGGGAUGGUCCCUUUUCCAGGAAGGUGUCAGUCGUUUUUAGGGCUUUGGCCCCUGAUGAUUUGGGUGGGUGUGGUCUCUUCUGUCACCCCUCAUCCUGAGUGAAGCCCCCUGUUCCCCCAAACACACACGCAUUCAAACCACGGCGAUGACACACCAUUCCAACAGCUCUGUUCGAGACCAUAUGAAAUGGGCUGGGUUGCUGGGCUGCGAGGCGGUGCUGUCCAGCAUGGCCCUGAUGCAAGCCAACAGCAUCCCAGGCCAGAAGAAGAUGAUGUCACCCUUGGGUCAGGGGCACAGGGCCAGUCCCGAGAGCCAGCAAGCCCACUCGCAGCACAGCCACAACCACCAAGGACACCAGCCUCACCAUGGACAACCACACCACAGCCACAUGGGCCAUCCUUCAACUGGGAGCUGUCCACCCCUGCUCAUCCGAAAAGACGGUGAUUAUCACUCAUCAAGAAUAAUGGAUGGAAAGGACAUGCAGGUAAACCAGAAUAUGCAACCCAAGAAAAAGCACAAAAAAUCAGGGUCAUCCAACAAAGUUAAAGAGAAAGUGGAGCAUAUACAUCCACCAGUCGAUAUGGAUGACGACAGUUCCCUGAAAGUCCAGAAGAACUUCAUCUGUGACCACUGCUAUGGAGCUUUCCGGAGUAGCUACCACCUCAAGCGACAUAUACUUACACAUACAGGGGAAAAGCCAUUUGCUUGUGAUGCGUGUGACAUGCGGUUCAUUCAGCGUUACCACCUGGACAGGCACAAGAGGGUGCACAGCGGAGAGAAGCCGUACCAGUGUGAUCGCUGCCAUCAGAACUUCUCACGGACUGACAGGCUGCUGAGGCACCGACGGCUGUGUACAGUUGGGAUGAGCAAAGAGGAAAACCAGUACUCACAGGACGCAUCUGCCCAUCCAGCUUCCUGGAGCCCCCUACAGCCCUCCAACAACCGUCUGACUGUCUGACCCCCAGACUCCCACAGAGAGCCCACAGCAGUCUGCAGCUCAGUAAUUUCAAACACUGGAGCUCGACAGUACUGUCACCUGAAGGCAGCCUAGCUUAAACACAACCAAACUUUAGUUUGCUCUCAGCAGCUCAUUCAUAGAGCUUGAUAGUGGAUUUUUGUACUUUUUUAUCUACUGUUAAAUUCAUGAUAACGCAAAAGGAGAAGGAUCAGUUCAAAUUCUUGGAUAACAGAUGGUAUUAUGGCAAUAACUUUAUGAAAAACGCACACAUCUCCUUUUUUCUGAAAGAUUGCAGGUAUUUUUUGGUAUCGCUGCCAAGAGAUUGCAGGUAUUUUUGACUGCAUGGACUGUUAAUGUAUUGUGCAGCGCCUCAUAGGUAUCCUGCUGACCUGCAAUCAGCCCCAGAGCUGCCUGUUACGACAUAUGGACAGUUCACUAAAGGACACAAACACAGAACCAUGUAGCUUUUUAAUGUUCAAGUCCUACUCAUUUUGUGUUCCUUGGGUUACUAAUCAUGUACCAGCUACUGCUGAUGAGUGAAACAUCACAGCAGACUUGUGGUCUGUGCUGCCUCGAGGAAGUAAUGAGCCAUCUAUCCAAUACUGAGCUGUGUGCUGAAUACCACAUCUAGAGUAUACAACACUAAAGACCGGUUGAAAAACACUAAAGGUUAAUUAGAUGUCAAAUUUUCAACUAAUCUUCGUGUUAGAUAUGUUGUGUAGCGACCAUUGGCACACACAUUCUCUGCUGUACCUUGUUUUAAAGGGGUGAUGUCCUGACUGUCAAUAGGUUACACUGUUGAAAUACAGUAGAAGGGUGAUAGGUUUUGUAGGAAUAGCCCAGAUUUUUUGAUGCUCUUGAAAAAAUUUAGUGAGCUUUUUUAAUAAUGUUAGCUGGAUGUAGGUGCCACCUGUCUGUUGCAAAAAUGAGGCGUUUCAUAAAGUGUUCCCAUGCCUUUACUGUCUCUCUGUUCCUAGAAACCAUUUUCAGUCGUCUUUUUUUCCACUUAGAUUCCUCUGACUUUGAAAGACUUCCAUCCUUUCAGAGUAUUAUGAUGAGUGAGGCUGGGUCAGCAUAUUUUCUGUAAUCCUGAGAUUUACCAGAAAGUUCCUGAGAGUACAUUAGCCUUUGAAAUCCCAUCAAAACUGAUUUGUUUGUUUUUUUUUGUUUGUUUUUUUUGGAGGCUGAUUUCACACAGAUGGAUCAAAACUAUACCUUAGGCCUUUUUACUUCUGGUACUGGGAAUAUGUUCUUGGUGCUAACCAGUUAAAUUCAGUGCUCAUGAAAAUGGCCCAGAUAACUUCAAAUAGUUUAAAAUACAAUUUGGCUCACCCACAGAUUUUAAGAGCUGUCCUGACCUGACUGAAUGUGAUCUGAAUACAGUGCCAUGUCAUCUCCAGUUUAACCUUGAGCAUCUUCAGUGAAGAUGAUAAUUGUACUUUGUGGACAGGGGAAAACAAGGUCCACAUGGUGUUUUCUUUGAUAAUAGCCUACAUUAUAUUACUCUAUGUUCAGGCCUCUGUAGAAUCAAAUCAGUUUGUAAACACUGGACUGAAGAUGGUAGCUCAGUUGUAAAGUUUUAACAUUUAUUAUCUGUUUAGACUAAAACAUGUUUUAUAGUAGACUGGUAGUUCUGUUUCUGUCAUAUUUUUAGAUCAUGUGAAAGGAGUUUAGGGCCCAUCACUGACUUGUCUACUGUUUAUGAAGUUAAUAUAUAUUUAAAUUGUAUUAGGGGUAGAAAAUAGUAUGUAUGGGACCUACACUCCAAAAGCAAAUCAGAGUAUUUACAAAGUUAUAAUCCUUAGUCUGGUGAUUUCUUAUGACAACUAAAAAGGCCACCACGAAUUAUUGUUCAGCUUGCAGUUAGGAGUAAAGUAAGAGCCGACACUCUUAUCCUUUUAGUAUAGCAGCCAUGAUUAAUCAGCGUAUUUUUUAAUUUUUCCUUUGGAUGUAUUUGUUGAAGCAACUUGUAUAAAUUUUUUGUUUUGGUAAAGAUUUUUUUUUUUUUAAUGUUAGCCCUUUUUUUUGUCAUUUCAAAGUGUGAAGCAAAGACUCAGUCAAUCAUACUGUAGUUAAUGGAGUUUUAGGGCCCCAAGUCUCAAUAAAGCUGUUACACUUUUUAAAUGAGUGCGAGUUGUUCACAUAUUCUACAUCAGAUUUCCACCUUUCACUUAUUUACUAGAAAGCAAGACUUAAAUUCAGUGGAGAAUUGCUGAAUAUUCCUUGGAUUUUGCGACAUGAAAUACCCCUAAAUUAUUGUGGAUUAUUUCAGUCUGUUGACUACCGCCGAGCCUCAAUCAACAUAAAAAUUGUAUAUAGUAUAUUUUAGAUUGCCUGUCUUCAGUCAGCUCAUUACUUACGGAAUCUUAAAGACUAAAAAAACUGCGAUUUCAGAAAUAUGUAAUUCACCAAUAAUGUCAGCAGGUGGCAUCCAUGACCAUAUGAGGGUCAAUUUUCUCCAAAGCAUUGUGGUGAAGAUGUAGAAACAAUUUAAAAUGUUCUGGUUGAAAAAUACCUACAAUUGAUUGACAUGAAUGAGAUAAAAGCAGAUACUCCAAAGUGUGUAUGAAUGUUAAUGAAUCUGUUGGUUUUUGUUAAAUAAUUCAAUGGUUAAAAAAAAAAAAAAAAGUCUUACUACACACAUAAAUGAGACUUGGGAGGAAGGUGUGUAUAAAAAAUAACCUCUGAGAUUGGUAUCAGAAAGGGAAUCUGCCUCUAUUUUCACUUGCAGUUGGUUUGAAUACAAAGUUUUUGUCAGAGGACCAUCUGGUAUCAUGAGACAAACAAAAACAUCACAUUAUAUACACAUUUUUUUGUGUAAGGAUUGCAAACCAAUAAAUCACCAUACACUGUAUUAUUGUGUGUUAAAGAAGGCAUUUACUAAUUUCUUAUCCAAACAAGGUGGCAAAUAAAACCCAUUUUAACUGCUGAA